AGAAUCGGUAAUCCCCCGCAGCAGAGAUCGUGUCUGAUCCAGGCUGUUGUUGCGAACUCGCUCACACUCUUUGCGUCUGCACAACUAGCACCCAGCUGCCCGCGGUUAUCUGCGGAAAUCAAACAACUUAUAUCGAAAACAAGGUCUAAAGUCACCUGUGGACGCCCACUCCUGGAACAGCACGAUGCAGAGACUGCAGAUUUUGAAGGACACUUUCUUUGGCUUGAGUGCUGUUCAGCAGCAGCAGCUGCUGAUCGGCUCAGCCAUGGCAGCAGGUGGAAUAAUGGCCUACAUAGUUUACAAAAGGAAAAAACCAAGAACCAUUCCUUUUGGGGACGGAUGGUGGGGAGUGGGGGAGAAGACACUGUCAGAAGAUCAGAAAAUCUACCCUUUUCAAGUGGAGACCUCAGACAAAGAGAUCGAGGAUCUCUACGAACGCAUCGACAGAACACGCUACGCAGAUCCUUUAGAAGAUGGCAGGUUCCACUAUGGCUUCAAUUCCACUUAUCUGAAGAAAGUUGUUUCCUAUUGGCGACACGAAUUUGACUGGAAAAAGCAGGUGGCAGUGCUCAACAAGUAUCCACACUUCAAAACCAAAAUAGAAGGACUGGACGUGCACUUCAUCCAUGUGCGUCCACCGCACCGCGAGAAUCAGAAGGUUCUACCUAUCAUGAUUGUUCACGGCUGGCCCGGCUCCUUCUACGAGUUCUACAAGAUUCUACCGCUUCUCACGCAAAGCCGCGACGGUGUUGUGUUUGAGGUCAUAUGCCCGUCUAUCCCUGGCUACGGUUUCUCAGAAGCCUCUCAUAAAAAAGGGUUCAACAGCCUCGCUGCUGCCCGGAUUUUCCUGAAGCUGAUGGAGCGUUUGGGUUUCUCUCAGUUCUAUCUGCAGGGAGGGGACUGGGGCUCGCUCAUCACCACCAACAUGGCACAGAUGAAGCCUCAGUGCGUGAAGGGUCUCCACCUAAACAUGUGUAUGUCAAAUAGGGGUUUCAAAGUGCUGUUGUCCUUGUUGAUUGGUCCGUAUCUGCCCUUCCUGGUGGGUUUGAGUCGGGAAGAUGUUCGCCGGUUGUUCCCUUUCUUUGAGAAGAACGUCUUUGAGAUGCUGAGAGAAUCGGGCUACCUUCACAUUCAGGCCACUAAACCAGAUACUGCAGGCUGUGGGGUGAAUGACUCUCCUGUAGGCUUAGCAGCCUGGAUUUUGGAGAAGUUCUCCUCCUGGGCUGAUCUGAAGAACAGAGAUCUGGAGGACGGUGGGCUGGAGAGAAAAUUCAGCCUGGAUGACCUCUUGACAAAUGUGAUGAUCUACUGGACCACAGGCUCCAUCACCUCCUCCAUGCGCUUCUACAAAGAGAACUUGGGAAGUAAUCUUAACAACAGGGUGGAUUUUAAGACAGAGAUAUUUGUGCCCACUGGCUUUGCAGCCUUUCCUAAUGAGCUCAUGCACUGCCCCAAGUCAUGGGCACAAAUUAGGUACCGAAACAUCCAGUCCUACACUUUCAUGCCCAGGGGUGGCCACUUUGCAGCCUUUGAAGAGCCCCAGCUGCUUGCUGACGACCUGUUCAAUUUUGUCAAGAAGGUGGAGAAGUCCUGAAGCCCUCAGUGAACACGCAGACCAGUUAUAGCACAUCUGUCCUUUAUUAUUUCAAGCAGGAGACAUACAAAUACUUAUGUUGAACAUUUUUACACCACGCAGCAUCUUAUUGCUUGAUUCGUGACACUCAAAUCAUUUGCAAGCUUUUGAUAUAUGUAAACAUACACAGAUGACACUGGCAUAAAGAAGUCUUGGUCAUUAAAAAUGUAUUGCACUAA